UAAGAGGCCGGGCAUGAACAGCUGUUGUGCAGGGCGGGUGGGUGGGUGGGUUCAGAGGAGGGGCUGGGGGUAUGUUCCGUCCUGGUCUAGUUCUAUUCUACCAUAUUUGUCGGUGGACUCCCAGCAUAAGAUGACUCUCCAGUGGACUGUGGUGGCUAUCUUCCUUUAUGUGGAGAUAGCUGUCAUUCUGAUCCUUUGUCUGCCUUUUAUAUCUGCCAAGAGAUGGCGAUCACUGUUCAACCUGAGUAUAUGGAACUGGUUCGCUCCGUAUUGGAACAGGGGAUUCUUUACCAUGAUACUCAUCCUCAUCAUUCUCUUCUGUGAUGCUCUGAGAGAGGUGAGGAAGUACUCCAAUGCAGAGCCCAUGGGAGAAGCCAAGCUGAACCCCAACCUGUUUGACCACCUCCACAUGAAGCUGUUCAGAGCCCAGAGGAACCUCUACAUCUCUGGCUUCUCCCUCUUCCUCUGGCUUGUGAUGCGGCGUGUGGUGACUCUGAUAAACCACGUGGCCGUCGCUACGGUAACAGGGACCAGCCUGCAAACCCAGGCGGAGAGCGCCAAUCAGGCAGCCAAGAAGUACCAGGAGGACAACCUGCUUCUGAAACAGGCUCUGCUGGAUGAGGAGAAAAACACAACUGCAGGCAAACGGCUACUGAGGAAGGAGGCAGAGAAGUUGAUGGAGGAACUGAAGACUGCAGAGGAUGCUGUGCGUAAGUCUAAUGCUGAGGUGGAGGCCAUGAAGAGGCAGGCUAACGGUCUGACAAAGGAGUAUGACAGACUCUUGACAAAGCACAACGAACUACAGAAUCUUCAGGCUGGAGCUGGAGACAAGAAGGAGCAAUAAGGACUAGAUCCAAAUCGUUGAUCCAGAUGACUAGUGUCAAAGACAGAAGGUAGCCAGCCACAGCUGUUAUGACUUCACAUGGAGACCAGCUUUUCAGCCGAGCAACUCUUCAUUCAUCUUUGUCUUAUGUAUACUGUACUGUGCAUGGGAAAAGGUGCAGUUAUUCAACACUUGUUAUUCAAUGUUUCCACAUUGUAUUUGUAUUGUAACUAAGAUAGGGAGCUAAAAUUGCGUCAUGUUUGAAGAAGGAACCGAGGAUUUUUGCGUCUGUAAACGUAUAGUCUUAAAAUUCCUUCUCUGGAGCUUGUGUAAUGUCCUUGGUUAAUUGCUUUGCCGUUUUAAGUCAUAGUACAGAGUACAUUAGUACUUUAAAAGUAUAAUACUUGUGUCGUAUAUACUCAAAGUACAUUAUGCUAAUAUGCAGAGCUUUCGGCUUAUGAAAUGCAACAUCCUGUUUUACAUCUGUAUCCAGGGGGCAAAAUGGGUUGAAAUGAUGUCACAGUUUACAAGCAGAACUGGUUACGUGGAGGGUAUACCCUCAGAUCAACUGUGAAUAUGUUUUUGCUGUGUACCAUGAAGUGGCAUGAUCCUCUUGUGUUCAAUGAUUAAAAUACAAACAUUUGAACAAAUCUGA